AUGACUGAUAUUGGGCCCAUGUCAUACUAUUUAGGCCUAGAAGUAAAGCAAUUGGAAGAAUGUAUAUUUAUUUCUCAAGAAAACUAUGCAAAUGAAGUUUUGAAAAAAUUUAAAAUGUUUGAUUGCAAUCUGGUGAACACACUAAUGGAGAGCCGGUUGAAGUUGUCAAAGUUUGAAGAUGGACAAAAAGAGGACACUUCCUUUUUCAAAAGCCUCGUUGGAAGCAUACGAUACUUAACAUGUACAAGACCUGAUAUUCUAUAUGCAGUUGGAGUAGUGAGUCGUUUCAUGGAAGCUCCUACUAAUACACACAUGAAAGUCAUUAAAAGGAUACUCCGCUACCUUAAAGAUACGCUUGAUUAUGGACUAUUUUACUCUUCUUCUAAUGAUUUUAAACUUUUUGAAUUUUGUGAUAGCGACUUUUUGGGAGAUAUUGAUGAUAGAAAGAGUACUAGUGGCUUUAUAUUUUUCAUGGGGGACUGUGUUUUUUUGUGGAGCUCAAAGAAGCAACCUAUUGUCACACUUUCAACAUGUGAGUCAAAGUAUAUAGCAGCAACAUCUUGCACUUAUCAUGCCAUUUAG